AACAUAAAAAUAUUAAGUCGGUAAAGCUCCUUCACCACUCCUAUAAAAUGUAUUUAUACAUCAACCGGUGCAUUAGUACGUCUUAUAUCGUCGGACAGUUAGUUCAAAAGCAGUUGUUAACGGUGAAGUGCAACUUUAAUAAUCGCAAUUUCUUUAUUUUAACUUUAAAUCAUAAUUAUUAUAAAAAAAUGCCGUACGAAGUUGUGAACGGUUUUUCGAAUGGUAUCAAAGGAAUUCACGUUGUCGAUUUAAGAAGCGAUACAGUAAGCAAGCCUACCAAAGAGAUGAGGGAUGCAAUGGCAAUUGCUGAAGUAGGGGAUGAUGUCUUUGGGGAAGACCCUACCGUGAGAUUAUUAGAAGAAACAUCGGCUGAUUUGUUGGGAAAAGAGGAUGCGCUUUUUGUACCAUCUGGAACCAUGGCUAAUCUUCUUGCACUUCUAACACACUGCAGUAGAAGGGGAACUGAAGUUAUUGUAGGAGAGGAUAGCCAUGUAAUUAUGUACGAACAAGCUGGUGCCGCUCAAUUUGCUGGAGUGCAGUUAGUGACCAUUAAAAACGAAAGUAACGGUACUUUCUCUCUAAAAGAAUUGGAGGCAAAAAUUAGAAUAAACCCCGACUGUCAUGAACCCGAAACAGCGCUUAUUGUAGUUGAAAAUACGCACAAUAUGUGUGGAGGGAAGGUACUUCCACUAGAAUGGCUUGAAAAAGUUUCAAAAAUUGCCAAAACUCACAAUAUUCGUUUGCAUAUGGACGGCGCAAGAAUUUUUAAUGCUGCUGUUCAAAGCAAAGUAUCUCCCAGAGUUAUAACGAAAGAUAUAGAUUCUGUUUGCUUUUGUCUGAGUAAAGGUCUUGGGGCCCCUAUUGGCUCAGUAUUAUGUGGCACCAAAAGCUUUAUUGAACAAGCCCGCAGAACUCGAAAGGCUCUAGGCGGUGGCAUGAGACAAGCUGGAAUUGUCGCUGCUGCUGGUUUAGUGGCCCUCGACAAAAUGGUAAAUAGAUUGGAAAAAGACCACAAAAAUAUAUACAAACUGGCAAAAGCUAUUCAUGAUUUGAAAUCGGACAUUGUAAAGGUGGAUUUAAAAUCAGUCCAGACAAAUAUUCUUAUAGUACAUUUGAACACUAACAAACUGGUUGCGCGAGAUUUUCUAGUACGACUGGCAACCGUUCAAAAGAAGGAUUCCGUGAAGGUGAUAGUGAAAGCAGGAAGCAGAAACCCGCAAGUUGUACGAUUUGUGUCUUAUUGGGAAAUCGACGAAAAUGAUAUGGAUGCGGCCAUAGAAAAAGUUGUGUUUGUUAUUAAAGAGUUCGAAACUAGGACAAAAGUAUAAAAGAAACGGUGAUUUAUUGUUAGUAAUUAUUAUGUAAAACCGUACCUACGGCGUUAUUCUUUAUUAUCGUAUAAAUUAUAAGUUAUAAAGAAAUAUAAUAAAUAUGCAAGGGCUGGUUCCAGCAUAAGAGUGCAAAGUUAUGUAAACCGUUUUUGAAUAAAUUAUAUCUUUUCUAGAAUGCAGGAAGCAAUAACUUUUCAAUGGCAUGUAUAUUUAGUUAAUUAUGUAACAAAAUAAUUUAAAUAAUGCCUUCAGGUCUCUAAUAAUGUACUACAAGUUAUCUUAACUACUGUUAAUAUUUAUGUGUAUUAAUUGGAAAUUAAACGGUGUAUAUCUAUUUAUAAACUUGUUUUCUGGGA